AUGUUUCGAUGUAUACCUUUGUUCAAAUGUAAUCGUCAAGUGGAAUGUGUAGACAAGCGGCACUGUUCGUUACCAACUGUACCUGAAGACAUUUUACGCUAUUCUAGGAGUUUGGAAGAACUUUUUUUGGAUGCCAACCAUAUUCGUGACCUGCCCAAGAAUUUCUUCCGGUUGCAUCGCCUAAGACGCUUGGGUCUCAGCGAUAAUGAAAUACACAAGCUGCCAUCUGAUAUACAGAAUUUUGAAAAUUUAGUUGAGCUAGAUGUAUCUAGAAAUGACAUUCCCGAUAUCCCGGAAGACAUCAAGAAGCUGCGAGCACUCCAGAUCGCGGACUUCAGCAGCAACCCCAUACCUCGUUUACCGGCCGGCUUCAGCCAGUUGCGAGCACUCACCGUUCUCGGCCUCAAUGAUAUGUCACUCACGAGCCUACCGAGCGACUUUGGCAGCUUGGUGUCACUCCAAUCAUUGGAGUUAAGAGAAAAUUUAUUGAAAUCCCUGCCUGAGUCGUUGAAAAAUCUAACUAAGCUAGAAAGAUUAGAUCUAGGUGAUAACGAAAUAGAAACUUUGCCUGGGUUUAUUGGUGAGCUUCCCGCCCUUCAAGAGUUAUGGCUCGAUCAUAACAAACUGCAGUACUUACCGUCGGAGAUCGGUAACCUGAAAGCUUUAAUAUGUUUGGACGUUAGCGAAAAUAAGCUCGAAAAAAUCCCGGAAGAAAUUGGCGGAUUAUGCUCCCUCACGGACUUGCAUUUAUCUCAAAAUAUGCUAGAGAGUGUACCAAAUGGUACGGGGAGUCUUGGUAAAUUAGCUAUAUUGAAGUUGGACCAAAACAGACUGCAUACAUUAAAUGAGAAUGUAGGAAGGUGUACAAAUCUACAAGAGCUUAUUUUGACUGAGAAUUUCCUCACGGAGCUACCUAGAUCUAUCGGAAACCUGAACGAGUUGACAGUCCUAAAUGUUGAUAGGAACUCCUUGGGCGAUAUACCAGCUGAGAUCGGAAAUAUGACUGUACUAGGAGUGCUUAGUUUGCGAGACAACAAACUCACCAAGUUGCCAAAUGAACUAGGAAAUUGUAAAUCCCUCCAUGUUUUAGAUGUUAGCGGUAAUCGAUUACAAUAUCUUCCAUACACACUAGUUAACUUGGAAUUAAAAGCUGUGUGGCUGUCGGAGAAUCAGGCGCAGCCGCUAUUGACUUUCCAAACCGACAGAGACGAAACAACAGGCGAAAACGUAUUGACAUGCUUCCUUCUACCUCAGCUUAGUUACACGCAACAGCCAGAGUUGGAACACACGUCAGAGGUCGGCAGUGGCACGUGGUUCAGGGAACACAGAUUUAAUUCACAGUCGCAGGAGCUUGAUAGGAUAAGAGGUAAGUAA